AUCCUCCGCGGGGAAGGGGCUGCGCACACGCCGGCGCGGCCUAUAAAACGAGCACAUGCGGCGAGCUCGAAUCAUUCUUUAUACAACCAGCCAGUAAGAGGCAAUCAAAAUCUCUCCAGCCAGUAUCAACACUAAAAAAAUCGAUACAACUAGCCAGUUUUUUAAAAAGAAUAACAUUCCAAUUUCAAAAAUGAAGCAAUACUCGAUCGUCGGCAACAAGAAGAAAGUCACCAUGGAAACAAACGCCACGCGCCUAAAGGUCGUUGGCAACGGCUGCGUCAUCAUAGUCAAAAGCAACCGGGGACACAUCGAGGUCAUCGGCAGCGACUGCAAGAUCGACGUUGUUGAUAACUUUGGGACCAUCAACCUGGUCGGAGCCAGUGGUCUAGUGACAGUUUCCAAGCGCUAUAAGAAUGAUGAUAUUCAACUUAUUGGUGCAUCUUGUCACUUAUUAGUGGAUGGGAAAGAAAAAGCUACAUUUGAGCCGUUCUCUGCUCAACUGUCGCCGUUCAGCAAGAACUUGGAUGACGUUAUUGAGUCGAUCUUCACCUUCGUCAUGCGUUGAAGAAAUGAGACUUAGUUAUGUGAUUGAACUUUGCCGCUCAGUGCUAUCUGUGACGCGUUGUUUUUGAUAAGUGACGCGUUGUGCCAGCCGGUGCGUGAUAUGAUAAGUUUGAUACCAGUGAUUCCUCGUAUCAGUUUGUAAGGAGGCCGCUUUUUUCAUCUGAAUGUAAUUUAAGUAC